AUGAUAAGCAGGCGUUUCCGGUCACCGAUUCGGGAUUGUAUAACCGAUUUCCGCCGUUUUGGGACCUCUUUCAUGGCGGCGGCGGCGGCGGCGGCCUCGAAUUUCAUGGUGGGGCAUAAGGAUUUCCAUAUGGCAUCUCUCAGAGCACUUUCGUCGACCUCUGCUUCAUCCGCCAUUGACACAAGCACCUCAAGGUUUUUCAAAAAUAGGUUCACGCUCAAGGCUUGCUCCUCCCAAAACUACGGCAGCGCUCUGCGAAAUAAUAAUGAUAAUAAUAAUAACAGUAUGGGAAGUGGGGUUCAGAAAGCGAGAGUUUAUUCUCCUUGCGUCCGGCAGCUGCUGGGUGUUUCGGAGGAAGCUGUUAAGGUCGUCGAGGAUCAGCAGAAGAGUCUCAACUCAAGGGCUGUUAAUGGCAGCUCCGCCGCUAACAGAGGGAACUUUAAGGGAGCUUUGGGGCAGCCGUUUCAGGACAAAGUCAUGGUCGCUGUUGACGUUGAUGAGGUUCUUGGGAACUUCGUGUCAGCUCUUAAUCAGUUCAUUGCAGAUCGCUACUCCCUAAAUCAUUCAGUUUCUGAAUACCAUGUCUAUGAAUUUUUCAAGCUAAAAUUUAACUGGUUAUCUUCUGUUUCAGCUGAUAUUCGUGUUCACGAGUUCUUCAAGACUCAUUAUUUCCGAAAGGGGAUACGUCCAAUUCCAGGUGCUCGGGAGGCUCUUCAAAAGUUAUCCGAAAUUUACAAUUUGUCCAUCGUUACAUCCCGACAGAAUGCAAUAAAAGAGCACACAAUCGAGUGGAUUGACAAACACUAUCCAGGCCUCUUUCAGGAGAUUCAUUUCGGCAAUCACUUUGCUUUGGAAGGGCAAUCUAAACCUAAAUCAGAAAUUUGCAAGUCCUUGGGAGCAAAGGUAUUGAUCGACGAUAAUCCGAGAUACGCCAUUGAGUGUGCGGAAGUUGGUAUCAAAGUUCUUCUGUUCGAUUAUGAGAAUUCGUACCCAUGGUGCAAGUUUGACGCUGUUCCUCGGCAUCCUCUAGUGACAAAGGUCCACAAUUGGGAGGAGGUUGAACAUCAACUGGCUUCAUGGGUCGUUUCUUAG